AUGGCAGGAAAGCGAGCAAAAAGGAAAAGCCCAUCGGUGUCGGUUGUGAUGGGCUUGAACGAGAUACUGAGCAGCUCAGUUUUCUACGUCAACGCGUCCACCAGCAACGUUUCUGCUGAUGGUCGUCGCGUUCAUCAUCGUACCAUUCCCGUUUUGCCACCAUCCCCAACCAAGCGCCGACGGACCGAUGGCCCAGUUGAAGAAUCAUCGGGUGGCAGUGGUGGCCAGUCAGAAGGCCUGUAUAGUGGUGCGGUGGGCGAUAAUUUGUUGGACGACCAAGCCGACGUACCCAGGGCUCACGCAAAGCGCUAUGCAUCAUCGGACGACCCCCUAAAGGAAUGGGGGGCCGAGGCUAGGGAGGAAUACUUGCUGGAGUUCCUGAGGCUGGAGGGGCCUGGCACAUCGGGGCUCUCGACAUGUGGUCGGUGCAAAGCUCUGGUCGAAGGUGGGCGGCCGUACCGAUGCAAGGACUGUUUCACUGGCGACGUUAUGUGCCAGCGAUGGGAUGGUAGGUGCUUCGUAGCCUCCACGCUUAGGGAUGCAGGCCUCCGAGUGCAGCUCGGCCAUCCACCGGGGAAAGCCUGUGCAUGUUAUACCACAGUGAAUGACUUCGUAGUCCUGCACGUCAAUGGCAUACACACGGUCACCCUUAGGUUUUGUGCCUGCGAUGAAGCGGCUAGCCAUGGCUCACCUCGACAGCAACUCCUUCGUCGCCAAUGGUUCCCUGCAACCUUUGAGCAGCCCCAAACAUGUGCGACCAUUCGGCUCCUUGAGCAUUUCCACAUGCAGAACCUACAAGGGAAAGUCACACUAUACGACUAUUACUCUGCGCUGCAAAAGCUCACCGACAAUUCCGGCCUGAGGAGGCUACCGUCUAGGUACAAGGAAUUUGUGCGAAUGAAACGAGAAUAUGCGCACCUUAAAAGUCUGAAGAGGGCUGGGCGCGCCCACGAUCCAAGUGGUGUUUCUGGGACUAAGCGUGGCGAAUUGACCGUCGCGUGCCCUGCUUGCCCAGAUCCGGAGGUGAAUCUACCCAGAGAUUGGGAGUCUGCACCUCCAGAGAGACGCUUUCUGUAUACCCUAUUCAUCGCACUCGAUGCUUGCUUUCGGCUCAAGCGAAGAAUGGUGUCUUCUGUGGAGAAAGAUCCCGGCCUCGGGAUUGACUGGGGCUAUUUCGUGGAGGCGGAGCCAUUUCGACAAUACUUGUUGAGUGUUACAGAUCAGAAGGAGAUGAGCACAUGUAGCGGUUUGGCUGCACUCGACUAUGCAAACAGUAAGUUCUCGCGUGGAUACGCCGCCACUGGAGUAUGCCUCGGUGUAUGCGCCCGACAUGAAUUCAUACAGCCAAACGGUGCGGCCGAUCUCCAGGUCGGGGAAAGGUAUGCGAAUAUGGAUUACACAUUUGCGUCUCUCAUGCGGCAUCACGGCCGCAACUUAAGUGUGGUUGUCUCAUACGACAUCGCGUGUCAGUGGUCCAAGUCAUUGCUACAGCGUGUCAAGACAUUGCCGCCCCUUGUGCGCCUUGAUCUAGUUUCGACGAUGGUCCGGUUCGCAGUCCCGAAGCUGCAUAUCCACUCCCACACAAAGCAUUGCCAGCACAAUUACUCCUUAAACUACUUGCCUGGGGUGGGGCGGACUGAUGGCGAGGGAAUCGAGCGGCCGUGGGCGAACAUAGGUGCGACGGCAACAAGCAUUCGAGUCAUGGGCCCUGGAGCUCGCAUCGAAACACUGAACGACCAUUGGGGCCACUGGAACUGGCAGAAGACCGUCGGACUGGGUGAGCCUUAUGCAUUGUAUGAAACGUGUGCUCAACGUCAAGAUCGAACAGGAUCUCUGCUGUCCCGACACCUUCGAUUGGCGGUAUCUGAGCGCGAGCUGCAGAAGGCUUCCUUCGAAGUAUUCUCAGAGCAACAAGGCGCAAGGGUUGACGGGUGGAAGAGGAUGAUCAUAGACUUCGAAUGCGACAGCUCAAAAACGAAUCCAUACGCAGUCGCCUAUGCAGGGCUCAGCGAGCACGAUGUUCGGCUCCAGUUCUCACAAGAAGAGGCAGCGGAGGCCUCCCGGGGAGUACCCUCCCUUCACGAUGUCACUCGGAGUGGAUUUAUCGUGGAGGCGCUGGACAUCGAGGAACAGCAGCUGAAAACUCGUGCAAUCGUCCGGCAGAAAACAGCAGGAACUGCUGUACAGGCCAGUGAAAUCCUCGAGCUCCGUACAAAGCUUACUCGGAGCCUUGGCCGUCUCCGUGUCAUGCAGGCUGUGUACCUCCCCAUGGUGCUCACUUCGCUGGGUCAGCGCGCAGUUCCAGAUGGAGAAGAGGCCGAGAUGGUACCCAUUGGACUCCCUUCUUCGCUCAGUCCGGAUGCUCGGGCGCUGUGCGAUCAGCAAUUGGUGGAUAUCGAGACAAGGCUAUGGGACGCACGGUGCCAGUCAGCCCUCAACGGCCUGCGAAAUCUAUUGUUCAUCAAAUCGCGACUGGUGGGGUACAAGGACCGGAAUGCACGACAUCAAGCUGCAAAUACUCGGACACGGAUGCUCAUCCAAAGAAAUGAGGACAAGAUUACCCUGCAAGCGAGGAAAUACCAGGCAUCGUGGACUGCAUUGAAGAUGCUUGCCAACGGGGACGAAUCGAAAAUAAAAUGGCGUUCGCUACGUCAGGAGGACAUCCGGUGCAUGGAGGAUCCCGACGUGACGAAGAAGAAGGAAGUACGGCACGCGUUAGCCACAGAAGGCCGCCGUGAUGACACCGUGCAUGGUGAAGGAGGCGAGGACGCUGCCCCACUGGUGGCUCGAGAGGGAUAUCGUACCGUUUCGUGGAUUUGGAUGGAUGCUGCUGAGGUUGGACCGGCAACUGGGGAAGGAAUGGACGAAGUUCUACGCUCUGAGUUUGCCAAGUCAUGGGCACGCGUGCGCCGUUGGACGGAGGAGGUCGCCCUGCUCCGAGAAGAAAUGCGGCGUGUAACGGUUAGUCUACGGCACCGAGGCCAACAAUGGGAAAAACGGGCAACAACGACGCCCCACCAGUUGCGCCCCGAUUACGCUAAUGGCCUCACUGCGUAUGCAUACUCCCAGGCUGAUCUUCUGUAUUCGCUGGCGGAUACCUUUGAGGCCAACUGGACGACCCAUGCCCCCAUACCUGAGGACGCCGAUGACAUAGAUAAGGAGGACUUGCAGGCAGAGAUUGACAGUGCGACAGUGGAAGCAGAGGAGGAUGGCGAGGACGGGGGUUAA